AUGGCGGCAGCAGUUCAGCCAGCACAAACCAACGGCAACAGCCAGUUUCCUCUUCCCGCAUACCAGCAGGUCCCCGAGACCAAGCAUGAGCUUGAAUGGGCGGACCUGGUUACGCUUGACCUUUCUAAAUUCGACCAACCCGGCGGCAAGGAGGCUCUAUCCAAGCAACUUUUCGAUGCGAUUCAAAACAUCGGGUUUUUCUACAUAGUUAACUUCGGUCUUAGUCAAGAAGAAGUUGAUCGACAGUUUGCCAUUGGAAAAGCCGUCUUUGAGUUGCCAACAGACGAGAAGCUUAAGUAUCGAGCGGACCUUGAGAAUGGAGGAUACAACGGCUACAAGCCUCUGGGACUCAGGGAGGUUCGUCCCGGGGUCUUUGACAACACGGAAAUUUUCAACAUCCCCAAGUUCAUCCCGGCGUUCGAGCGUCCGCAACCCAGUGUGAUAAACGAGAACAAGGCAGAAAUAAAGCACUUCGCUCGCCACAUCCAUAACGACAUUGUUCAAAAACUUCUCGUCCUCUUUGCCAUUAUAUUGGAGCUCCCUGAGGACUACUUUGCGGCUCGCCACCGUUACGACGAGGCUUUAUCAGACUGCCACCUCCGAUACAUGAAGUACCAUGCUCGAGAUGACGAGACGAACACCAAACUCGAUAAUGUCUGGGUCAAGGGGCAUACCGACUUUGGAAGUUUGACCUUGCUCUUUCGUCAGCCUGUAGCUGCAUUGCAGGUUAGGAGUAAUGACGGCAGUUGGAAGUGGGUCAAGCCGUACGAUGGCAGCAUCACAGUCAAUGUAGCCGACGCGCUCGAGUUUCUCAGUAAUGGCUUCCUUAAGAGCAGCAUUCAUCGCGUGGUCGUACCGCCGCCAGACCAAGCUGGUAUUGACCGCUUAGGGGUCUUAUACUUUGUGCGCCCUGAAGAUAGCCUCGAGCUGAGACCAGUCAAGAGCAAGGUUUUGGAGAGGCUAGGAUACGACACGAACGUCAACUCGGAACUAGCAGGGAUCACGGCGGGAGAAUGGGUCAAGGCCAGGGUAAGAGCAGGCGUAAAUCGGACCAAGGAGGCGAGGAGCGAGAUUUCAGAACAGGAAAUUGUCAACGGCGUAAAGGCCAAGUAUUAUGACUAG